AAUAUUGCGGAGCCGCCCAGGCUGCAGUCCCACCCGGGAGCCGGCAGGGAGCGGAGCUGCGGAGCCGCCUGGUCUCUCGCAUUUGUCGGUCCAUUCUGGUGUCCUGUCCAUCCGAUCGCGCGCUGCAGGAGCAGCCACGAGAUAGAAAGCCGGGUGGCAUGGCAGCAAGCACGGAUGUGGCUGGGCUGGAGGAGAGCUUCCGCAAAUUUGCCAUCCAUGGCGACCCCAAGGCCAGUGGGCAAGAGAUGAAUGGCAAGAACUGGGCCAAGCUGUGCAAAGAUUGCAAGGUGGCUGACGGAAAGGCUGUGACAGGGACUGACGUUGACAUCGUUUUCUCCAAAGUCAAGGGGAAGUCUGCUCGGGUCAUUAACUAUGAAGAGUUCAAGAAGGCCCUGGAAGAACUGGCAACCAAGCGGUUCAAGGGGAAAAGCAAGGAAGAGGCCUUUGAUGCCAUCUGCCAGCUGGUGGCGGGCAAGGAACCAGCCAACUUGGGUGUCACUAAAGCAAAAACAGGGGGUGCUGUGGACCGGCUGACUGACACCAGCAAGUACACUGGCUCCCACAAAGAGCGCUUUGAUGAGAGCGGCAAGGGCAAGGGCAUCGCUGGACGGCAGGACAUCCUGGACGACAGUGGCUAUGUGAGUGCCUACAAGAAUGCAGGCACUUAUGAUGCCAAGGUGAAGAAGUGAGGCCUGGGAUGGUCCCCAGUGCGGCUGCCCCUGCUGGAGGCUCAGGCCUUGGCUUAAGGGGCACGUGGAGCAAAAAAGCCUGGUCUCCUCCCUGCUGGACCUGCCACCCAGAGCUUCCUGCCCAGCCCCAGGGGGCCGGCCCACCAGGCCUCUGACCCAGACUGCUCUGUGUUCCCUUCCUCCUCCUCUUGCUUCCCUGACUUCUGUCUGGGGACAGUCUCUGCCUAUACCCUCACCACCCCUGCCUGGCCCUGGGCAUGGCUGACCCCUGUCUGCUUGCCUCAUAUUUAAGCUGCUGCUCUGGCCAAGUGCCUAAUUCUUACCCAGACCUCAAUAAAGACACCUUUUGUACCAG